AUGGGCAGCAGACAAGUGACUAUCAGGAGGGCCACAUCAGCGGGAUACAGAUUGCCAAACAAGGGUCCAGCACAUCUUGCCUCAGUGUCUUCGUCCUCUCUUGGCAAAACACACCCAGGAGCCAGGCAGGCCCCGGUGCAGAGUGCCCAGGACAAGGCAAAGCAAGCCUGGGAGGAUGCCGUGAGAAAGGACUGCGUCUGGAAGGAGUUUGUGGAAGCUGAGAAAAGGGGCAAUAAGCGCUGGGAAGAAAAUUGGAACUUCCUUGCAGAGUAUGAUUCAAUGGGCAAUAAAAAGGAGGAGGAGCCCCUACCAGAACAUGCGCCUAUUUUUUCUGCACACUCACCCAAUACAACCAAUGAAAAUAUUGGUAGUAGGAUAAACACAGACCUGGGUCAAACUCUAAUACACAUGGACUAUUUUCUCACUGGUGGAAAUCAAAAGAAGAAACUUGGACAUGAACUUUUACCAUGUUAGAAUAAAAUCAUUUUAAAGUUCAUGAAAAUUGUGCUUGGGGCUCGGGGUAU